GUGAGGUAAUUGGUUGUUCGGGAGGAGAUUCUGACCGAGCCAUGGAGCGGCUGAGAAAGUGAGAGCGAGAGGCAGGAUGGGAGGAGUGAGAGCCGGGCACCUGCAGGCAGCUUGGCAGACUGCCCUUCAACCUCACAUAUCAUGAUGUUGGAACUAGAUGUUCUGGAGCAGAGACAUCUGAACCCUCUUGAAUCGUCUCUGAGCAGGACUGUCCCUCACAGGUGGUCUGGACUACAUGUUCCCUUCAUCCAUGAGCUCCAGAUUGGUCCUGAUCCUACAUCAGACCCGGGUAACCUGGAUCAGAUAGCUCUGCAUGUUAAUGUGCAAGAGGCACACUGCUCACUAACAGAAAUCAGCGAGGACACCAAGAUUAUUCCAGAGCUUCUCUUUUGUGCUAGAAAAAAGGACACCAGAGAGCAGUUUACUGUGAACUCUGCUGUAAUGUUGGACACUGUGGAGAAAGUGAGCCCAAUGGAGAUCUGUGAUUCUGCUCCAAGCAUGAUGAACCAAGAAUCAGGUGAAUCUUCAAACUUGCAGAUCAGAGAAGACUUCCUUGAGAUCAGCAUCGCACAUGACCAUACCAAUCAGCUCAAUAUGAGAGAUGGUCAUAAUGCGAGUGAUCCUAGGAGGAUAAAUGCUAAAACUGCAGGUAUGGAAGUCAUGGGCACUGGGGCAGUUUUACAGUCAGAGCAGAGUGAGAGCGUGGGUAAUCUGGCGAAUGAACCUCACGGAAAUGAGCACCCAGACCUGGAGAUGUCUAACUCUGUCAAUGUUUUACCAGAAAUGAGCAGUACAGCAGCUACAGAGACCCACACGUCAUCAAUAGAGGGGUCUCCUGGAGGAUUGCUUUCCCAUGAAUGUACUGCAUUAAUGUCCUCAAGUCCCAAAUGCACAGCCUAUAACACAGGAGAUUUUGUAAAGUGCCUUGAGGUUGAACACUUGCCACAUCUUCAGAGUACAUCAGCCCAGAGAACUUUUCAACCUGUUGAUUUUCCAAAAGCCCCUACAAGUUUUCACAAAGCAUCAGUUUGCAAAGAGCAGGGAUUUUCUUGCAUAAAUGAAGUCAGGUCUGCAAUUUGCCUUUUGAAACCAAAUUCAGCUGAUGAUAUAAAUGGACCACAAGAAAAUGAGCCAGAGGAUAAGGACUUAGACAUGAGCAUUGAGUCUGGUAAACAAGAAACUGUGACCACCUCACCCAAUGAAAAACAGAAUGACAUCUCAAUCGCAUAUCCUUCCAAAACCACUUCUGCAGAGACUGAAAGCACAACACUCCAAGAUAGUCAGUCUGACACCUCAAAUGUUGGCUUGCAGUUAUAUGAUAAAUUUGUCAUUGAAAAUGAUAGUACAUCACCAGGGACCUUAGAAGAUGAUCUCUCUUUCAAAUCACAUCUUCCACCUUGCUUAGAAAAUGUGACUAGUGCCAAAACACUUGACACUGAAGAAUGUUCUUCUUCCUCUAGCAUGAGUGAUUGUAACACCCCUCUCAGUGAUGGCACUCCUGAUUGUCAAAAAUAUACAUGUGCCAAUAAAUUGGAAGAUGGUUCAGAUUCAAGUUCACACAGUACAUUGUGUCCAGAUGCACUGGCAAACUUAUGCAGGGACCCUUCAUACGCAAGGUCUGCAAGAAGCUCUUUAGUUGAUUGCAUUAAAACCUCUUACAUUGACUGUAACUCUCAUAACAGGGAUACCGAGCCGGGUGGGGAAACUGAAGAACAAUUUAUGUCUGUAGCCCCAGAGACCAAUUUAAAUUCUUAUUUUCUGCCCGUGAAGACCGAAGACAAUCAAUGCAGCAUUGCACAGACUGACCAGUUACCUCUGUCAGACACCACUGGGAAACGGGGGCUUUGUGACAAUAUACCAGCGGUAGUAGAUGACACACCCACAUCCCUUAAAAUUGCUGAAGAUUCUCACAGUUUAGUUGACUCAGAAGUAUCACAUUUUGAAUUAAAUGAUUCAAACACUGUUUUUCAUAAGAUCCCCAACUCUGACCAGUCUAUGACUCCUCCUCACAUGCAAUCAAAUUUACUAGUAGAAAUGAAAGACACAGUCUUGACCUCGAAUUACCUGACAGUACCUUGUCGGACCGUAGGCUACCGUACUGACGAAACGCCAUCAUAUGCUCUUGUACCUUAUGUAGAUAUUUGGGAUUCUUUCUCAAAGUCUGAAAUAAAUUCACUGUCAUCCUUGAGGAAGCCCAUAAAUGUUAUCAACAAAACAUGUCAAUCCCAAGAAUUUAAGAAAGAUGCAGAUGAAUUGAAAGGCAGUGUUAAAGAAGGCACCCUCUUGGAAGAACCAGCUGAUGUUUCUAUGGAAGACGACUGUAUGCUUAACGCAUUCAAGAACCCAGUAGAUGGUUUGAACCUUUAUAGCGGUAAAUAUAAAGAGGGGCCAGUUGUAGAUGCAUUUAUCAAAAUGGGUACACUGUUGGCACAAGAAGUUACGUGCGAUGUCUCAUUAAAUUCAUUUACGUGCCAUAGUAUUAAAAUGUUUGAAAACAGAGCAUCCAGUAUACCCCCCACCAUCAACCAGUUAGACAUGUGUCGUUUUACUUCUGCUGCUUUAUGUGACUCUUCUGUAGCUUUAGAUGCGAAUAAUAUGCCUGUAUUCCCUCAAUUAGGUGAUAAUAGACGUGCAAAUGUAUGCUUCCUAAAAGAAAAGUGUGCGCAUCACUUGUCUUUGUCCCAUCAGCACCUUGAUGACUGUUCUGCUUUACCAUUACCCACUUCUUCACCGAUCUCAAAGGUAGCCCUGAAUGAGAGUAAGAACAGCCUGAGUGAAGUGUUAGACAGCUCACGACUGCAUGUUACUGAUCCAUCAGUGCCGUUACUGGAUGGUCUAGGUAAAUCUCUUUCACUAAUACAAGAUGCAGAACUCGGUGCCACUCUUAAAGAGACUUUUAAAGCUUCAGACUCUGUACAGAUUUUGGCAGCAGAUAUAAAUGGUCCUGCACAAAGUGUGCGACUGGCUGUUUUAGGAGAGAACAGAAGCCCACUUAUGCUGCAUGUGGAGAAAUGUUUGACACGUGUGGAAAAGCCCUCUCCGGUGAAAUCCGUUGUUUCCAUUAAAACUAAAGCCACACGAGUCAAGUCCCGGAGAAAUGUGUUAAAUGCAGAAAUUAAAAUUCAUGAAAAGUUAUUGAUGGAAUGCCAGUCAUUAAGAGAGAGAACUGGACAAUCUGCGGGUUGCCAGGUGAAGAUGAGAGGUACCGCAGAAAACUGGAAGCAGUAUAAUUUGAGACCUGCACCUCAAAGCCUUAAUUGUUCUACAUCACAGGAAGCAAAAAGACCAAAGAUUUUUCAUGUAAAAGAUGUUCUACCUGUCAAUUCUGGCCCGUUGACCUGUGUCGACAAGUUUUCUCAGAAGUCAGAAAGCCACUGCCUCUCUCAGCCUAGACAAGCUUGUAACAGAAAGGAAACUCCAAAUGACGUCAGACGCAGCUCUUUGGACACAAACAUCUCUGUGAAGAGGCAGCCACACAGAAAAUGUAAGAGCUUCGUCACCCGAGAAACCUUACCGAUAGACAUCAAGGCUCAGACCUGCAAGAGUUUCCCAGUUUUAAAAACGCACAAUUCCCAUGAUAUUAAUGUUGGCUAUAGAUCCUUUCCAGCAAAACAUGUAGCUUUAAAUCUGACUUCUAAGCUUCAUUAUUCCAAACCGACCAAGGGAGGUGCUUUAAGGCCUACACAUUUACUGAAAUCCAACCAAGAUCAGAUGUUACUAACCAAAUUAUCAAAAAUUGCUAAUAGACUGACUACUCCAUCCAAAGCGGAAACCUUCUCCAACAACUUGAAAGUUAUUCCUUUUCGUGGCGUGAAGAUUCAGGCAAGAAAACUGCUGAAUGUCUUUUCAUGUGUCCGUAUGAGAAUGAACUUCCAGCCAGGGCAAAUUGGGCAAGAUAAUGUGUGCCUUACAUCAAGUAGAGACCGCCUUGUUUCUCAGUCUAUGAAUCUUUACCCAAAAGCUUACUUUAGUGGUCUAGGUGAUGCUUUUUCUUUAAACACUUGUGAUAAUUUAACAUUCCCUGUCUCUUUUCAUGUAAAUGUAGAUCCUAGCUGUUUGUCAGACUUUCUAAAAUUCAACCCCCCAGACUUUAUUUUAAGAAGUCCUCGGACUACUGCUCAGUCAUCAGAACUUUCCGAAUGGACACUGUCCCUUUUCCUUUCGUCCCACGUGCCAGCAGACACUGAAAAUAUUCACCUCCUCACACAGUGGAACCCAGAGUUUAGGUCUUUAGAAUCGAGUUCAGAGUCCAACCAUACAAGAAAAGCUUUCAGAAAGUCUGGAUGCUCGAUGCUUGGCCUUCACACUGUACUUGCACUUUCAUCUCCUGGAUGUUACAGGUUGUGGACUAGGAGAAGGAAUCUGGGAAGUCGAAUUCCCACCGUCCAAAAACUUUUUGUAACACAGUUUGCACAUGGACUUAAGGGAUCACAGCCACAGUUUUUAAGAGCAAAAGACCAAUUUUCCUCAUUAGCAUUUUCACUAGGUCGUGUUCUCUCUACUUGGAGUCAACAUGGCUUGUCUACCUACUCUUCUGACUGUGCCAACACACAUCCAAACUGCAGUGUAUUGCUGCCAAGCCAGAGCAGCAACAGCAUCAGUGUAUGUAGAAGUCCAAAUGCAUUGGUUUGUGUUCCUCAGCUGCCCCUGAACACUAUUUCUCAAUUGAAUACAUACAGUUUACCUGUUCAGAACUUCAAUUUAAAUCUGAAACCGAGCAUAUGUCUUCAAGAAUAUCUAGGACUUCCAUUUCGUUUGUCCGCUCAACAGAAGGAUGAUCCGAGAUCCCUCUGGUAUUCUUCUCCGUACAAGAAUGAUGUAGAAUUGUCAAACUGUUCUUUCAGACAAGAGGAAGUCCCUAAGCAUUCCUUCAUUUUUUCUAGUGUGAAAAAGAGAAACUUAAAUCUGCCACUUGAUCCCUCUACUCAGCACAAAAAUAAUCUAGAACGUCCACUUGGUUUGUCUUCUCUGAAACAUAAUUUGAAGGCUGUAGUAAACACCUCUUUACUGAAAGAUCAGAACCCUACAGUUUGCUUAGACUCUCAUUGUGAUGGACACAUUCGGAAAGAUGCUGCUGUGGAUCUUCCUUGCCCUGAGUCACCACCUAAGGGCCAGGCAUGUCCUUUUGAGCAGAGAGAGAAUAUGUUCCUUCCCAGCACACAAAGUCAGAAAGAGGACCUGGGAAAUGAGAAGGGAGCCUUUGAAAGGAGGCCUCAACGAGUCUCUCAAAUUCGAAUCAGAAAAACUAUUCCCAAACCAGAUCCAAAUCUGACGCCAAUGGGUCUCCCAAAACCAAAAAGGGUAAACAAGAAAGAGUUCAGCUUGGAGGAUAUUUACACCAACAAGAAUUACAAGUCUCCACCACCAGCUCGUAGCCUUGAAACAAUAUUUGAAGAACCCAAAGAGAAGAAUGGGGUCUUAAUAUCUGUCUCCCAGCAAAAGCGGAAACGUAUCCUGGAGUUUAGAGACUGCACAGUCCCAAGAAUCAAGCGACCAAAAGGCAAAGUGAAAGUAAUGGCUAGCUGCAAGAGGGGCAGGAAAGCUGCCAUGGAGGGUGUACAGCUUGAUGCACUUCUGAUACAGAAACUCAUGGACCUAGACAGCUGUCUGAUGGAGGAAGAAGCAAUGGAAAGUGAUUCAGUAGUUUCUAAAAUGCCAAGCUGAUACCAACUGGCCAUCCUAAUAAAUGUUUAGUUUGUUCAGUUAAACUAAUAGUUGUUUUCCAACCAUGCUCUGGAAUUUGAUAUUAAGUUGGACAGGUUAGUGGAUUUCUGCCACGGAAAGACUAAAGGCAUUCUAAGAUUUUCACAAAAUAUUAUUAUGGUCUGUUUUUGACCUCACCAAAGGAGCACAUGAUCUGAGCUUUGGCAUCAGGAAAUGGGAUUUAAGUUAAGGGAGUUGCAUGUUUGCUUGAGACGUAGAUCUUUACUGAUCUUUCAGAUGGUCAUAAAAAAACCAUCUAAACCCUGCACUGGAAAGUGAAGAAUAGCAUUAAUGCACUUAAAUAAUAUUGACUAUAUUUAUAAAUAUAUAUAUAUUCAUAGUUGUAAUGAAAAGGAAAACUGAUUUUAGCAUUUUCAAGUUCUAAUCAGGUUAAUAAGCUGUUGCUUGAUGCAGGUUUGUUCUUCCUCCUAUGUAAUUAACUGCACAUAUGCUGCACUGUUUUUGCGCAGUGCUGGUAAUUAUCGGUUUUGGUCAAUGAUUCCUAAAGGUACUUUUUAAUUUAUUUUUACCAUAAUUCUCACAAUACUGGCUUAUUAUGCUCCAUUAUAUCCUAGCUAAUUCAAAAACGUCUUGUGCCUUGCAAGUUACUGUGAUAAAACCGUGUUUGAGACUUAAGGCUUUAAUCUAGAUAACUGGCUUUUAAUUUAUGAUGGAAAUUCCACAGCACUCCCAUAAGUUGUAGUUAAAAAAAAUGUGUUCUUUAAUCACCUCUCACUGGGACUUUUAUUCAAGCAGUGAUGGUUUUUAAUUUAGCUCUGACCUCAGAAAAUCACUUCUGAUUUGGCUUAUAUUUAUAUGCAGCUUUCUAGCUAUGGUCCCAGUAGAUUAUCCAGGCUCAUUCAAUAGUUUACAUACACACUGCAGUUUUUCUAAACCGUGGUCAUGAUCAAUGUGCAAACAUUGCUGGCUGCUCUUGUAAGGGUUAAUGGUAUUUCUCAACUUCUGUGUGGUAGUGAUAAGCAGCUUGUGCUCUGCUGUGUUACUUGGACCCUACGUUUCUGUGAAUUACAGAUAAGGUUUUUUUUUUGUUUUGUUUUUUAAGUUAUAAAACUUUAAUAAACACCAGUUCUCACGAAA